AUGGCGACACCAGCACCGUCCACUGACGACGUCGCGCAAAUCCCGGAGCCGAUCCCCUGUGCUUACCCACCCGCAAAACCACCAGCCCACGUCUACGACACCAUCAUUACCGUCGCGGUCGGACCCGAUGACGCCAAGAAAAAGUUCGAGAUCUAUCGGGGACUACUGUGUCACUUCUCAAGCUAUUUCGAUCGCAUGCUGAACGGCUCGUUCCGGGAAGCUGGCUCGACCUAUCUUCAUCUCAAGGAUGUCGAUGCCGCAACCUUCCAGGUCUUCUACUAUUGGCUCAACUCCGGUGUUGUGGACUACACCAGCGGUGACGCAUCGACCACAGCCGCUCGAAUUUGGCAGAACGCUAUUGAUGCCUACAUAUUCGCCGACUUUCAUCAGGCACAAGUCUUCAAGAACGCUGUCUUAGACUCUCUCUACCUCUAUUACGAAAAGAAUAACCUCAUGUGCGUCUCGAUUACAGGAACACUGUAUGCGAACACUGUUGCACAUGACGCCAUGAGAAAUUUCAUAGUAUGUAUAGCGGCUGGAACCUUAUCGUUCAAGAGCGUACAAAUGCACGGUGGGGCAGAGCUUUGCGAGAAGGCUUUCUUAUUCGAUGUCAUCUUGGCAUCUCAGGAACGGAUAUUGGUUCCGGCGGUUGACGCAGGACUUUGGCUCGCUGAUAUGCGCAAGAACUUUUGCGAGCAUUAUCAUACAUACAAAAAGACGGGGAUUUCUUGA